UGGUGCUACGGCGCAUUUGCCAGUAUCAACGGUCUGCGUUUAUCGACUAUCAUGUAUGCUGUGGCAAAUGCGAUCCAUUGACUUCAGACACAAGAAUUUCCGUGGUCUUUUCGUAAUCGCUACCAUCGUCAACCAUGAUGGAUGUGCAGAACCGAUACAAAGGGACUCCUGCCAGCGGCGAAGACUGUAAAAAUCAAACACCGACCUUACUUUCGAGUUUAAGGAGUGUACUUUUCGUAAUCGGAACUGUAGUGAUUGGAUUCGCUGCGUUCUGCAACUCACUAACAUGGCAUCUACAAAGAUUUUGGGGAGCUUCUGGUGACUUCUGGCAAGCACAAUGGGAUAGAAUUUUAGACAAAUUAGGAGACGAUCCCGUUACACUCUGGGUUCAUGGCUCGUUGGGACUGACGUUCUUUGUAUAUUGGUUUUUCGGUGGAAUUUACACGAUUCUAGAUAUAACUAAUCGGCCAGCUGCUUUGCGGAAAUAUAAAAUACAACCAGGCACGAAUGAACCAGUCGACACGAGGGAAUUGUGCAAAGUAAUCGCUCAAGUACUAUUCAAUCAGAUAAUUGUUGGACUUCCUUUAGCGUACGUCAGUUAUCGCUUUAUGGAAUGGCGCGGUUAUCCCCCUGUACGCGAAUUGCCGACCUUCCACUGGGUACUCGUUGAAAUCGCUAUUCACAUAUUGUGCGAGGAAAUUGGAUUUUAUUACUCGCACAGAUUUCUGCAUAGCCGCUAUCUAUAUAAGUAUAUACAUAAGCAGCACCACGAAUGGACAGCUCCCAUAGCUGUAACAUCGCUAUAUUGUCAUCCUUUAGAACACAUUGGCUCGAAUCUAUUACCACCGUUUUUGGGAGUAUUCAUCGUAGGUUCUCAUGUGGCUACUGCUUGGCUUUGGUUCUCGCUUGCUAUUCUUUCUACAUUAAAUGCUCAUUCCGGUUACCAUCUACCGUUUUUUCCAUCGCCAGAAGCUCACGAUUUUCAUCACUUAAAAUUUAACCAAUGCUUUGGAGUCUUAGGAGUAUUAGAUCGUGUUCACGGAACAGAUACGCAAUUUCGUAAUUCCAGAGCUUAUCAACGUCAUGUAAUGAUGCUUAGCUUGGUUCCUCCAAGAGAAGCUUUUCCGGAUGAAGUAAAGUAUAAAUCUAAGUAGAAAGUUUUCUCGAACAUCGUGUUUAAAUA